UCCCGGCCCUCGGCUCUUGCCUCUUUAGGGCCUGUGCAGCACCGCGUCUCCUAGCCUGGCCCGGAGCCUCAAGCGUGCUGACCCCGGCUUCCCCUCCCGACCCCCGCUCCCUUAAUUGGGAGGCCCCGCCCCGUGCGCACUGACGUCGAACGCCGCUGUCAGCCGGCGCUAGGGGGGGUCGGUUUGGGGUAGAAUGGCCGCUGCCGCCGUCACCCGCGGGACCCCGGGAGCACAGACUCCCCCUCCCCCCGGCCCCUCAGGCCGGGGGUGACCUUGCCCCCUGGAACCCUCACCAUGAAUACCAAGGACACCACUGAGGUUGCUGAAAACAGCCACCACCUGAAGAUCUUCCUCCCCAAGAAGCUGCUGGAGUGUCUCCCUCGAUGCCCACUGCUGCCUCCAGAGAGGCUGCGAUGGAACACAAAUGAGGAGAUCGCGUCCUACCUGAUCACCUUUGAGAAACAUGACGAGUGGCUGUCUUGCGCUCCAAAGACAAGGCCUCAGAAUGGCUCCAUUAUCCUCUACAAUCGGAAGAAGGUGAAGUACCGGAAGGACGGGUACCUUUGGAAGAAGCGGAAGGAUGGGAAGACCACCCGAGAGGACCACAUGAAGCUCAAGGUCCAGGGCGUGGAGCCUGUCUCCUGGCAGUGUCUCUAUGGCUGCUACGUUCACUCUUCCAUCGUCCCCACAUUCCAUCGGCGCUGCUAUUGGCUGCUCCAGAACCCUGACAUCGUCCUCGUGCACUACCUGAAUGUCCCGGCCCUGGAGGACUGCGGGAAGGGCUGUAGCCCCCUCUUCUGCUCCAUCAGCAGCGAGCGGCGCGAGUGGCUGAGGUGGUCGCGGGAGGAGCUCCUGGGGCAGCUGAAGCCCAUGUUUCAUGGCAUCAAGUGGAGCUGUGGGAACGGGUCGGAGGAAUUCUCUGUGGAACAGCUGGUGCAGCAGAUCUUGGAUACCCACCCAACCAAGCCAGCACCCCGAACACAUGCUUGUCUCUGCAGUGGGGGCCUUGGUUCCGGGAGCCUGACGCACAAAUGCAGCAGCACGAAACACCGCAUCAUCUCUCCCAAAGUGGAGCCCCGAGCUUUAGCACUGGCUUCUGUACCGCACUCCAAGCCCCCUGAGCCCCCACCAAUGAUCGCCCCACUUCCUCCAGAGCUCCCCAAGGCACACACCUCCCCAUCUUCCUCUUCCUCCUCUUCCUCCUCCUCAGGAUUUGCAGAACCCCUAGAAAUCAGACCCAGCCCUCCUACCUCUCGAGGGGGUUCAUCAGGAGGAGGCACGGCCAUCCUUCUCCUAACAGGACUAGAGCAGCGAGCCGGGGGCCUGACGCCCACCAGGCACUUGGCUCCGCCGGCUGAGCCGAGACCGUCUGUGAGCUUGGCUGUGGUUGUGGGUUCUGAGCCUUCUGCCCCACCAGCUCCUCCCAGCCCUGCCUUUGACCCUGACCGUUUUCUCAACAGCCCCCAAAGGGGCCAGACAUAUGGAGGGGGCCAGGGAGUGAACCCAGACUUCCCCGAGGCGGAGGGCACUCACACUCCCUGCCCUGCCCUGGAGCCCGCUGCUGCUCUGGAGCCCCAGGCAGCCUCGAGAGGUGGCCCUCCACAGCUGGGGGCAAGCGGGAGGCGAGGAAACCAGUUCUUCAUCCAAGACGAUGAGAGCGGGGAGGAACUGCAGGGUCCGGGAGCUGUGCCGCCUGUACCUUCACCCCCUCCGUCGUCCCCACCCUCACCUGCUGCCUUGCAGCCGCCAGGCAGGGGGACAAGAGGAGAGACCUUGUUUGGAGGCUCCGCUGGCAGCAGCGAGCUGGAGCCCUUCAGUCUUUCAUCAUUCCCAGACCUCAUGGGAGAACUCAUCAGCGAUGGCGCUCCAAGCCUCCCUGCCCCACCCCCCCAGCUCUCCCCUGCGCUUCACACCAUCACAGACUUUUCCCCAGAGUGGUCCUACCCAGAGGGUGGGGUCAAGGUGCUCAUCACAGGCCCGUGGACGGAGGCUGCAGAGCGCUACUCCUGCGUCUUUGACCACAUUGCGGUCCCAGCCUCGCUGGUCCAGCCUGGAGUCUUACGCUGCUACUGUCCAGCCCACGAGGUGGGGCUGGUGUCUCUGCAGGUGGCGGGGCGGGGCGGCCCCCUCUCUGCCUCCGUGCUCUUCGAGUACCGAGCGCGCCGACUCCUGUCUCUGCCCAGCACACAGCUUGACUGGUUGUCUCUGGACGACAGCCAGUUCCGGAUGUCCAUCCUGGAGCGGCUGGAGCAGAUGGAGAAGCGGAUGGCAGAGAUUGCAGCCGCCGGGCAGGCGCCUGGCCAGGGCCCGGAGGUCCCUCCCCUUCAGGAUGAAGGCCAGGGCCCCGGCUUUGAGGCACGCGUGGUGGUCUUGGUGGAGAGCAUGAUCCCACGUUCCACGUGGAGGGGUCCUGAACGUCUGCUCCAUGGAAGCCCCUUCCGAGGCAUGAGCCUUCUGCAUCUGGCUGCUGCCCAGGGCUACGCUCGACUCAUUCAAACUCUGAGCCAGUGGCGGAGUGUGGACACCGGAAGCCUGGACUUAGAGCAAGAGGUUGACCCGCUCAAUGUGGACCAUUUCUCUUGCACCCCUCUGAUGUGGGCUUGCGCUCUGGGACACUUGGAGGCUGCUGUGCUCCUUUUCUGUUGGAACCGACAAGCGCUGAGCAUCCCUGACUCUCUGGGCCGUCUGCCCCUGUCUGUGGCACAUUCUCGGGGUCACGUGCGCCUUGCCCGCUGCCUUGAGGAACUGCAGAGACAGGAGCUUUCAGUUGAGCACCCGCUUGCUCUAUCUCCACCCUCCUCCAGCCCGGACACCGGUCUGAGCGGAGUUUCCUCACCCUCAGAGCUGUCAGAUGGCACCUUCUCUGUGACCUCAGCCUACUCAAGUGUGGCAGACGGCAGCCCUCCCCCUGCUCCCCUGCUGGCCUCCGAGAUGACUAUGGAGGUGAUCCCAGGCCCCCCAGAGACACCCUCACUCCUCAUGGACUACGAGGCAGCUGGCUCCAAAGAGUCUCCUCCCGGCCUCCCCCCAGCCCAGGCCGGUGGGGCUGCUCCAGAGGACGAGAGCCCGGCAGCUGCGGAUGUGAUCCCGGUGGACAUGAUCUCGCUAGCCAAGCAGAUCAUCGAAGCCACACCAGAGCGGAUUAAACGCGAUGACUUCUCAGAGUCACCGGAAGCUGGAGCCUCAGCCAGGGAGCAGACAGGCGCCGUGGGGCUCAGUGAGACCAUGUCCUGGCUAGCCAGUUACCUGGAGAAUGUGGACCAUUUCCCCAGCUCGGCCCCUGCUAGUGAACUGCCCUUUGAGGGAGGCCGCCUUGCUGCCCCACCAGCACCUUCCUGGGCAGAGUUCCUCUCCGCGUCCACCAGCGGCAAGAUGGAAAGCGACUUUGCCCUGCUGACACUCUCAGACCACGAGCAACGGGAACUGUAUGAGGCGGCACGGGUCAUCCAGACAGCCUUCCGCAAAUACAAGGGCCGGAGGUUGAAGGAGCAGCAGGAGUUGGCCGCGGCGGUGAUUCAGCGCUGUUACCGGAAGUACAAGCAGCUGACCUGGAUUGCACUUAAGUUCGCUCUCUAUAAGAAGAUGACUCAGGCGGCCAUCCUGAUUCAGAGCAAGUUCCGAAGCUACUACGAGCAGAAGCGCUUUCAGCAGAGCCGCCGGGCAGCCGUCCUGAUCCAGCAACACUACCGCUCGUACCGCCGCAGGCCGGGCCCUCCUCACCGGCCCUCAGGCCCGCUGCCUGCCCGAAACAAGGGCUCCUUUCUCACCAAGAAGCAGGACCAGGCAGCCCGGAAAAUAAUGAGGUUCCUGAGGCGCUGCCGACACAGGAUGAGGGAGCUGAAGCAGAACCAGGAGCUGGAAGGGCUGCCCCAGCCAGGGCUGGCCACCUGACCGCUCCACGCCUUUCUCCGCCCGGCCGGCCCUUCUGGCUGUCCUGCCGAGGAGAGGCUUUCGGGACUAGGGGAGCCCCCUGUCGGCAGCUU